GCCAUAUAACUUUUUUUAAAAAAAAUUAUACGGGCAAAUAUGUCUUUUACGUCUUCUAUUCAUUUAAUUUUGUCUCAUUUCAUCCUUGUCAAAAGCCCUAAACCCCAUUGCUCCAUUUCGCAGCUUGUUUGAGAAAGAAAUGAGAAUGCAUAAACUGAAAGUUUUGGUAUCACUCAAUAAACCCUUUCGCAAAAAUGAAUCGAAGUUCCUCUAUUAUAGACAGUUUUCAGCUCAACCCAAUUACGCUGAUUAUCUGCAAGAACAGGUUCUCGUUGAAGGAAGGGCGAAAUCAAGAGCAGCUAUUCUCAAUAGACCAUCUGCUCUUAAUGCACUUACUCCUUCUAUGGUUGGUCGUUUAAGUAGAUUGUAUGAGUCUUGGGAGGACAACUCAGAUAUUGGAUUUGUCAUGAUGAAGGGUAAUGGCAGGGCAUUCUGCUCUGGAGCAGACGUAGUCACACUUUAUGAGUUGAUUAAAGAAGGGAAGGUUGAGGAAUGCAAGAAGUUCUUCCAGACAUUGUAUAAAUUUGUUUACCUGUUAGGAACCUAUCUCAAGCCAAAUGUGGCUAUUUUGGACGGCGUCACAAUGGGAAGUGGGGCGGGUAUUUCGCUUCCAGGAAUGUUUCGCGUUGUAACUGAUAGAACUGUUUAUUCUAAUCCUGAGGCACAAGUUGGUUUCCAUCCUGAUGCAGGGGCUUCUUAUUAUCUUUCUCGCCUUCCUGGCUACUUAGGGGAGUAUUUGGCUUUAACAGGGGGAAAGCUUAAUGGUGUAGAAAUGAUUGCUUGUGGUCUUGCUACCCACUAUUCACUCAAAGAAAGGCUUCCUUGGAUGGAAGAACGCCUUGGUAAACUGAUCACAGAUGAUCCGCUUGUCAUUGAAAGUUCGUUAGCUCAGUAUGGUGAUCUUGUUUACCCAGAUACGACGAGUGUUCUACACAAGUUUGAAAAGAUCGAUAAAUGCUUUAGCCAGGAUACAGUUGAGGAAAUUAUAGAAGCCUUGGAAAGAGAGGCAGCAGAAUCUCAUGAUGAAUGGUGUAAUACAGUUCUUAAUAAAAUAAAAGCAGCCUCUCCAUUGAGCUUGAAAGUGGCUUUGAAAUCAAUUAGAGAAGGCAGAUUUCAACCACUUGAUCAGUGCCUAGUCCGUGAAUAUCGCAUAUCAGAUAAUUGGGUGUCCAAAAAGGUGUCCGAUGAUUUCUGUGAGGGUGUCCGUGCUAGAUUGGUUGACAAGGACUUUGCUCCAAAGUGGGGUCCAGCACGGCUGGAGGAGGUUACCACAGACAUGGUUGACUGCUUCUUCAUCCCAUUAGAUGAAUUAGAACCCGAACUCAAUUUGGCCACUGCAAUACGAGAGCCUUCUAUGUGAUUCAUGUCCUGCUUUACUCUGCAUACGAGACAUUUUAUAUUCGGUUGGAUCCACCACAGUAAUGGGACUGCGGAAGACAUUCCAAUCAAGAUGUUGGGUAGCUUUCAUUCUCUUGGAGCAGACAUAAACGGCUGAACUGCUCUAAUGUCUGUUUAGGUACUAGAUGGUGGAAAAAGAAGAAAACGAUACAGCAAGCUGCAAAUGCUAAUUUCCCAUCUUUUUUUCACCCUUUGUUAGGUGUGUUUCUGAUGUUGAGAGACCUCUAAAGAAUUAAUUUUCAUGCAGAGGGUUCUCAGAUUUUGACUGGUUAGGGGUGUCCUUUGAUAGCUCUUGAGUGGACUCUACAUUAUGAAUAGAAUAUCUUGUGAAGCAAUAAAUUACCAAUACCAUGCAAUGGUAUCUUGAACAUUUUUGCA